AAAAAGACCUAAAGACAAAAUGUGUGGUGGAGGUGGAGGGGAACCAGACAGUUCUGCAUCCGGCCAUCACCAACAUGAACAAAGGAGACCCUCGGAGUCAGCCAAAGGUUUUCGCCUAUGACUACUGCUUCUGGUCAAUGGAUGAAUCUCAAAAAGACAAGUUUGCAGGUCAGGAUGUGGUGUUCCAGUGCCUUGGGGAGAGUCUGCUGGACAACGCCUUCAUGGGCUACAACGCCUGCAUCUUUGCUUAUGGACAGACAGGCUCUGGGAAGUCGUACACCAUGAUGGGCUCAGCGGAGCAGCCUGGUCUGAUCCCUCGGCUCUGCAGCUCCCUGUUCAGCAGGACCGUGAAGGAGGCCCGGGAGGGAGAGAGCUUCACCGUGGAGGUCUCCUACAUGGAGAUUUACAACGAGAAGGUCCGAGACCUGCUCGACCCCAAAGGAAAUCGCCAAGCGCUGAGAGUGAGAGAGCACAACGUUUUUGGGCCUUAUGUUGAUGGCCUGUCUCGCCUGGCUGUGGCCAGCUACAAGGACAUAGAGUCUCUGAUGUCGGAGGGAAAUAAAUCUCGUACGGUUGCAGCAACAAAUAUGAAUGAAGAGAGCAGCAGGUCCCACGCCGUGUUCAACAUCAUCCUCACACACACACUCAAGGACCUACAGUCCGGGACGAGUGGAGAGAAGGUGAGCAAGCUGAGCCUCGUGGAUCUGGCCGGCAGCGAACGGGCAGCCAAGACUGGAGCAGCGGGGGAACGGCUGAAAGAAGGGAGCAACAUCAAUAAGUCUCUCAGCACCCUGGGUUUAGUUAUCUCGGCCUUGGCUGACCAGGGAGCAGGGAAGAACAAGAACAAGUUUGUUCCCUACAGAGACUCUGUGCUCACCUGGCUGCUCAAGGACAGCCUGGGAGGGAACAGCCGCACAGCCAUGGUCGCCACCAUCAGCCCCGCUGCAGACAACUAUGACGAGACGCUGUCCACCCUGCGUUACGCCGACAGGGCCAAGAGCAUCGUCAACCACGCUGUCGUCAACGAAGACCCCAACGCCAGGAUCAUCAGAGAGCUCCGUGAGGAAGUGGAGAAACUGAGGGAGCAGCUCACAGAGGCCGAGUCUAUGAAGGCCCCCGAGCUGAAGGAGCGGCUGGAGGAGUCUGAGAAACUGAUUCAAGAAAUGACAGUCACCUGGGAGGAGAAACUCAGGAAGACUGAGGCUAUUGCUCAGGAGCGUCAGAGGCAGCUGGAGAAUCUGGGCAUUUCCCUGCAGUCCUCUGGAAUCCGAGUGGUGGAUGACAAGUGUUUCCUGGUCAACCUUAACGCUGACCCUGCCCUCAACGAGCUGCUGGUGUACUACCUGAAGGAGCACACGCGUGUGGGCUCAGCAAACUCACAGGACAUCCAGCUGUGCGGGAUGGCCAUCCAAGCUGAGCACUGCGUCAUCGACAUUACCGAGAGCAACGGCGUGAUGCUCAGCCCUCACCGCAACGCCCGGACAUGUGUGAACGGUGCUGCAGUCACCAGUCCAGUCCAGAUUCACCACGGUGACCGAAUCCUGUGGGGAAACAACCACUUCUUCAGGAUCAGCCUGCCGAGGCAUAUGGUCCACGCAGGAGGUGAGGAUGAGGAGGGCGGCGCUGCGAUGAAGACGUGUUUGAGCACCGACCGGCUGGAGGUGGACUUGGAUGCAUCCAGCGACGUGUCGAGCGAGCUGAGCUUCGGCUAUGAGUUUGCCCAGGCCGAAGUCAUGAUGAAAGGCAUGGGCAACAAUGACCCCUUGCAGUCAGUGUUACAGACCCUGGAGAGGCAGCACGAGGAGGAGAAACGCUGCGCCCUGGAGCGACAGAGGCAGAUGUACGAACAGGAGCUGCAGCAGCUCCGUCGGCGGCUUACUCCCGAGAAACCCUCCCACCUCCUGGACCCUACGGGCCUGCUGCCCGGCGCUGCAGCUGCUGUAACGGCACCCAUCUCCCACAAACGCAUGCGGCGCUGGAGCGAGGACAGAGAAGCAAUGAUGACUCGCAGCCUGCGGCGUCUGAAGGAGCAGAUAGUUCGGGCCAACCUGCUGGCACAGGAGGCUGGCUUUAUAGCCGAGGAGCUUAACAAGAGGACAGAGUACCUGGUCACUCUGCAGAUACCUGCUGCCAACCUGGAUGCCAACAGGAAGCGUGAUGCAGUAUUGAGUGAGCCGGCCAUCCAGGUCCGUCGUAAAGGUAAAGGGAAGCAGAUCUGGGCCCUGGAAAAGAUGGAGAACAGGUUGGUGGACAUGAGGGAGCUCUACCAGGAGUGGAAGGACUUCGAUGAAGACAACCCUGUGAUGCGGUCCUAUUUCAAGCGCGCCGACCCGUUCUUCGAUGAACAGGAGAACCACAGUCUGAUCGGUGUGGCCAACGUUUUCCUGGCCUGCCUGUUUUACGACGUCAAGCUGCAAUAUGCAGUGCCCAUCAUCAACCAGAAGGGAGAGGUGGCAGGUCGGCUGCAUGUGGAGGUGUGGCGGGGUACAGAGGGCUCUGAGGAGGAAGGUCCAACAAGACUGUCUGACGCUCAGCAGAACAUCACAGAUGGAGACCAACAGGAGCGCAAGCUGGACUGUGUGGUGAAAAUCCUCCAGGCCAGUGGUCUUCCUCGCCACCUGUCCAACUUUGUCUUCUGUCAGUACCAUUUCUGGGGGCAGGAGGAGCCGGUGUUCAUCGCUCCAGAGGUGGCGCCGUCCAGCUCGUCCUCCGCCUCCAGAGACCCUCAGUGCACUGUGGUCUUCGACAGCGCCAAGGAGUUGUCGGUGACAGUGUCGGAGGAGUUUGUGGAAUCUUUGGCUGAGGGGGCGGUGGCUAUUGAAGUGUACGGCCACAAGCAGGCCAACCACCGCAGGAACCUGGCACUGUGGGACCUGGGAGUGAUUCAAGCCAAGACCCGGUCCCUCAGAGAAAGGUGGAGCGAGGUGACUCGCCGGCUGGAGUUGUGGGUGCAGCUGAUGGAGCUGAACGAGGCAGGAGAGUUCACAGCUGUAGAGGUCCUUCCUGCUAAAGACGUACGCACAGGAGGAAUCUUCCAGCUCCGACAGGGUCAGUCCCGUCGGGUCCAGGUGGAGGUGCGUUCAGUACCGGACUCAGGCACCAUGCCCCUCAUCACCGCCUCCAUCCUCUCCGUGUCCAUCGGAGACGUCAAGGUCCGACAGACGCGUCCCUCCAAAGGCAGCGAAUCACAAUGGGCUGAGGAUGAAGACAUGGACAGCUACCAAGAGGUGGACCUGGAGAGGAUGAGGGAACAGUGGCUGGACAUUCUAACUCAGAGGCAGGAGUAUCUGGACCAGCAGCUACAGAAGAUAGUUUGCAAACCAGGUGCAGUCAGGAGCAUGUCAUUUCCUCUCACUGCUGGUACUUCAUGCUUCUUUUCUCAUAUUGUGUUCCCCAGUACGCCUGUUUCUGUGGUGCCAUCAGCUGGCAGCGGCAUACCAGGAGCACCGGUCGAGAGGGUUCCUGUCCCUGGAAUGGAAACGCACAUCCCUGUCCUGUUCCUGGAUCUCAGUGCUGAUGAUUUCCAGUCCAAUCUUUCAGCCCCAUUGGCCGGGGGGUUGGAUGCACUACUCAGUGGGGAGGAUGACGACGACUUAUUUGACCUUCAUAUUGUUAAACACUACGAUCCAGAGGUGAAGGUGGAGGCCUCCUGGGACUCGACGGUCCACGAGUGCCCCCAGCUGAGUCGCGUGACAUCGGCUGACCAGAGGGUCUACCUGACGGUCAAUGCGGUGGUUCAGCUGAGCCACCCGGCCCACAUGCAGCUGCUACUCAGGAAACGCAUCUGUGUCAAUGUCACUGGGAGACAGGGUUUUGCUCAGAGUCUGCUGAAGAGGAUGUCUCAGCGCAGCACCAUCCCCGGCUGUGGAGUCACCUUUGAAAUCGUUUCUAACAUCCCAGGGGACAUCCACGGUCCAGAGGACAGGGAGAUGUUGGCCAGGCUGGCUGCCAGCACCGAGGACGACCAAUCAGCUGACAGCGAGGCGGCCAUAGAGAAAUACCUCCGCAGCGUCCUGGCUGUGGAGAACAUCCUCACUCUGGACAGACUCAGACAGGAGGUGGCUGUGAGGGAACAGCUGGCAGUCAAAGGGAAAUCUCCCAGACGCUGCCUGAGCUCCCCAAUCAUCAACCGGAGUUUGCCUCGCAUCAUGGUGCAGUCAGCCAGCGUUGAAGAGGGCAUGAGCAAACCGCAGCAGCCAGUUCCGAUUGAGGAAAUCAUUCCUCCCGACUUCCAAAUAGAGAGCCCCAGAUCCGUGCCCCUACCACCGCCAAUCAUCCCGGAGACGGACGACUCUAUCCCCAGCCCGAGCGAAGCAUCGAGCGGAUACAUCUCGAGUAGCAUAUCUACAGCAACUCUGUCAGACGUCUACACCCUGAGCUGGGACCUGCCUCCGUUCUCCCGCAGCAGAGCCGACAGCUUUGACGCUGUGCCAUAUGAGGAUGAAGAGAACAACAAAGUGACCUAUCCUGAAUCUUUUCCUGUGGACCAAUCAGAGUAUCAGGAGUCACUGCUGGUUUUGGACGGUAAAGCCGAUGAAGAGAGAACGGACUCCACGCCAUCCAAAGCAGACGAUACUGAAUCAGAUUCAAACCCGAGUCAACAAGAACCAGAUCAGUCUCCAUCAGUCCAGUUGAAGGAGCAAGAAGAACCUGAUUCAGUUGCAGAAUUAGACUUACCACGCCAGUCCAAACAAAAGCCAGACUCAACAAUUGAUCACAUUGGAUCAGAACAAUUAGACAAUUCGGAGCCACUUAAAGAUUCUUUGUUAGUCGAAGAGAAUAAAACCAAACAGACAGAAGUUUCACAAACAGAACUCGAGGUAGCUGCCACUGAUGAAGAAGAAGCUGAUCUUUCACAAGCGUAUGCACAAGAAGAUCAAAGCCAGUCUGUCGUCUGUCAGCCGCAGCAGCCCAAACAAGACCAAACAACCUUCAACAGUGCUCAAGAUCCAGCUCCAAAUCUGAUCUCGCCUGUGUCUGAACUCUUGGUUCCAGCUCCUGCCUCAUCUGGAGAUCUGGUUCUUCAAGGAACAUCAGAGGAACAGGCCACUCCUGAGAUCUCAAACCCAAAUGGCACCUCCAUCCCGACUUCAUCCUCAACCACAGAUGAAGUCCAACAGAACGCAGCUGCCAGUGUGUCCUCGAAGGCCACCACAACUCCGGAUCCUUCUCUGUUCAGUGUUAAGCCUUCCAAACCUGAUGUCUCAGUGGCAAACCCCUUCAAGAUCCAGAAAGUGAAGUCUUCAGACCUCAAAUCCUUUCAUCGUAUUCUGGUCGAGGAGGAGGACAAGCCCGCGCAGGUGGACCGGGCCAGCAGCCUUGGGACAGGACUCAACCUCUCUGUGCCGAUGGAAAGCCUGGAAAUUAUCUCUGACUCUGAGGAGGGAGAUGCAGCCGCUAAUACUGUUCUUCCUGACUGGUUGAAAGAAGGGGAGUUUGUGACCGUGGGCACCAAUAAGAGCGGCACCGUGCGUUACGUUGGACCCACAGAUUUUGCAGAGGGUACCUGGGUGGGAGUGGAAUUGGAGGUACCAGCAGGGAAGAAUGACGGUUCAGUGGGUGGCAAGCACUACUUCCACUGUAACCCUGGUUACGGGGUGCUGGUAAGGCCGGACAGGGUGAGCCGGUGUAGCGCUAAGCGCCGUCGCCAGCAUCAGCAGCAAAAGCGCCGUAGUGCCAACCUGUCUGGAUCCAGCCCGAACCUGGCAGCCCUCACCGCUCUGGCCAAAGGUGAAGGUGGCGGGGCAUUGAGCGGCCGCAGCAGAGGAGAGAACCGCAAGUCGUGGAACACUUGAGAGGCUCAGUAUCUGCUAAACGGCUAAUUGCCGGACACCCACUCAGCCAUCACCCACAUGCAGCAGCUGGUUGAUGUGAUUAUAGGGUACGCUUUCAGAAAGAAUGACAAUCCAGUGUUUUAUUUGGCCAGAUCUGCUACAGGCUUCACUGUAUCUGCUGUUGACACAAGAUGAGUCACUCUAUGCUCCUCUGUUGGUAGACGGAACCGUCUCACCCAUCAUCUGUUUAAGGACUGUAUCCCUACCUAAUGUACUUAGUAAUUGAAAACUACAGACACAUAUUGAAUGUUUUAUCAGAAAAUGUGAAUGUUUUUACAUUUGUAGAUGCAAAUAACCAUUUGUCUGUAAUUCAUUUUUCUUUUAAACGGUGGAUGUCUGAUUUUGGUUACACAACACCUUCCUGUGCUCAUAUUUCCACUGUUCAUGUAUUAUGCAGCUGCAUGUCUGGAUAGACUUCCAAGUGUCGUAAAUUGCUCUGUACCUACAGGUAUUGUCUGAUUGGAUGCUGUUUUGUUUUUAUUCUUGUGCCUUGAAAUAUUACGACUACUACUCAGCAAAUGUGCCUUAGUGAUAAACCACCAAAUGAUGUGCUGCUGGUAGGUUGACAACCAUUUACCUGGGGCUUAUUUCAGCUCUUGAAUGUGUAUUUCUACUGUUUCAUAAAACAAAACUUGCACUCCUUUUUCUGACACUGAAAUUUUACAUUUUUAAUCAGCUUCGUCUCCAUGCAAGUGUGUCGAUUGAUUUUUCGCUAGCAAGUUUAGAAUUAUUGUGUGUGUAUGGGAACCCAUUGAUUUGAACAAGAUAUAAGGAUACUCGAGGGACUGUGUUGGUUGUAAUGCAUGUAGUAUUAAUUUUUGUCUGGUAAAUAAGAUAUUUUAUACUUGUGCAUUCAAGUUGAUCUUUUUGACUGCCUCACUGCUUAUUUAUUUAAAAAUGAAGACAUGAUAUUGAUAAUGAAAAGCAAAAUCAACUUUUUAUAUUGUCAAAUAAAUUUCAUUCUGCUGCCAUGACGUGA